CUCGGUAUUUUGACUAUAGUACUUUCUUUGCAAGAGACUAUUCUGGCAGUACCCAGCAGCACUUUCCACCAGUUCAAAUAUUCACAAGGAUGGAAAAUAUUCAACUUCAAGAUUACAUUGCCAUCACUCAAAUCGCCUUUGAGUGGGCUGAUAGCCACGACAAAAAGGACUGGGAUAGACUUCGAAAUAUUCUAGCACCAAACCUAUUAAUUGACUACAGCAUCGUUGGUCAGCAAUGCUUCCCACAUAUGAAGUCCGAGGAAUUCGUUUCUAUGAUAAGCUCUCCUAAUUUCGUAGGAGAUCCGCUCGUUCGCACUCAACACCUGAUCGGGUCGGCCAAUUACGAGUGGGUGUCUGACACUGAGAUCGUUGCCGUCCAUCAGAUUCGUGCUGCACACCAACGCUACGCAAACCUUGAUACCACCACAGUCGCUUAUCGAGGUCACGGCUAUGGUAGCGUUAAACAUUGGUACAAGAAACUUAACGGAGUAUGGAAACUUGCUGGCGUACGCCCUGAGAUGUAUUGGAGUGAGCAUGACUUUGACAAGAUCUUUUCCGCACCAGCUUAAUCAAUUUUCCAAUCUACUGAAGUAGUGUAGCC